AUGGCACCCUUCUUUAACAAGCGCGCUAAAGAGGACCAGCCUCAGUCUAGCCAGCCCAAAAAGACGCUCCCUCCUCCUAAACCCGAAGAACCUACAUACAAGACGAGUGCACAGCUUACCCAAAUGUUCCCUCCACGUCCGACAUUUACCGAGAAGGACAUCACUUUUCAGAAAGGCCGCGUCUUCCUCGUAACCGGUGGCACUUCAGGAAUCGGUUUCGAGCUCGCCAAGAUCCUCUACGCCAGAGGUGGCACCGUAUACAUCACAGGCCGGACGGAGGAGAAGGCGAAGGAAGCCGUUCAGAAGAUCCAGUCCUCUGUCGGCGAACGCGACGGCCAAAUCGACUAUAUCGUUCUCAAACUCGACGACCUAACCUCCAUCCGAGAAUCGGCCGAUGCAUUCAUGGAGAAGGAGUCCAAGCUCGAUGUGCUUUGGAACAACGCCGGCGUUGCCCAGCCUCCUGUGGGCGUUUUGUCGAAGCAGGGAUUAGAACUUCAGCUCGCUACCAACUGCCUCGGGCCUUUUCUGUUCACACAGAUGAUGAUCCCUCUUCUCGAUGCGGCCGUUGCACUGAACGGCCCGGCUUUCCCUGGCUCAGUGAGGGUGGUCUGGCUGAGUGAUCAGGUCGUUGAACUCAAUUCGCCUCUGGAGGGUAUCGUCAUGAAGGAGCUGAGUAACCCUCCACAAGACAACGCUCGCAACUACCUCAACUCGAAGACCGGAACCUGGUUUUUGGCAACCGAGUUUGCACGCCGAUACGGUCAAGGACACGGCAUUGUCAGCGUGGCAAUGCACCCUGGUGCCGCCAGCACCAACCUUCUCAGACACGCGGGAUGGACGAAGGUCCUCAAGGGGCCGUUGUUGCAUAGCCCGAGGCUGGCUGCCCUCACCGAAUUGUAUGCUGGUCUAUCGUCGGAUAUCAACCUCGAGAACAACGGUUGUUACGUGAUUCCAUGGGGCCGCAUUCAUACCACCGUCGCCCCCCAUCUGAUGAACGCGAUGAGGUCCAAGGAGGUCGGUGGAACAGGAAGGGCACAACAAUUCUGGGAUUUCUGCGACGACAAGACCAAGGAUUAUCACUAA